AUGAGCAGUGACAUUGCCUACUCAAAUAUAAACACCACAGCAGAAAAUGGGAAUACCAAGACUAGCGCCAGCGUAGAUGUAGGUGCUAAUGCAACUGCAGAUCUGAACCUGCCCACCGUCGAUGAACAAAGACAAUAUAAAGUACAGCUGCUUCUACAUAUAAAUAGCAUACUACUUGCCAGAGUUAUUCAGAUGAACAACAGCUUACAGACCAACCUACAAAACAAUAUAAAUAAUAGCAACAAUAAUAAUAUUAUUAGAAUACAGCAGCUUAUAUCUCAGCUCCUCAAAAGGGUCCAUGCCAAUCUUCAUUGCAUAUCUCAAAUUAACCAAGGAGUGCCCUCAGCCAAACCAUUGAUUCUCACCCCCCCUCAGCUGGCCAACCAACAACAAUCCCCACAAGAUAUUCUUUCUAAACUCUAUCUCCUCUUAGCAAGAGUGUUCGAGAUAUGGUAA